ACGCCUGCCAGUGUAAAAGAACAGUUGUGUGAGAGACUAUAGACGCUCAUGGUUUGACGGAUACAAGCACGCACGAUUUCUUACAUCUCAAAGAAGCCAAGGCAACUAGAAGUUGUCGACAUACCACCGACCAUAGCGGACUGCGCAUUCGUAAGCGGUGUGCGACCGCUGUGGCGUCGUAUGGACGAUGAGGAGGAGGACAUGUCGUCGCAGCCUAUCACCCCUCCGCACUGGGGAGCCCUGCCCAAUGGGAACUUCAAGAUGGACGCGACGGACGAGGCGUCCGCACAGCACCCACCUUACGCCCCCGCGCCCUCUCUGCCCCGCCGUGGGGACGCACCCCUGGGCCUCGAACACAACGCUCAGCCCUGUGGCGGCUCACAGCCUCUUGCACUCUCACACGGAAACCGCUCCAGUCCCGUCGCCUCCUCACCCGCUCCUCACCCCAUGGACGACCGGGGGGAGCGGCCCGCCCGCCUGGACGAGGGGGGGGACCCCCGGGAGCGGCAGGACCCCCGGGAGCGGCAGGAGCAGGACGAAGAGGGCGGAGGCGAGGGGAAUCGCGGCUCAUUGGCGCGUGCGGCGGUGAGCGUUGAGGUGGAGAUCGGGCGCAAACUGCGGCAGAUAGGGGACAAGUUCAACCAAGACCACACUGAGCUGAGGCGUCUCAGGGAGGCUCUGCCGGUGUGGAUGCGUCUCGCUGCCGCCCUGCUGGGCCUGCUGUUCCCCCGAGAAGCCAUGGUCCCGCCGGGGGCGGAGCCCAGAUGAAGCGCCUCCCCCACCCCCCACCCCCCCACCCCCACCCCCCCCAACAAUCCACCACCCGCUGCCCGACAAACCGAGGGGUCCAUGGCGGGCCCCCACACGUUACCCUCCUCAGAAAAAGGGAGCAGACUCUUAUGAUGGCACUGUAGUUCGGGGGUUCACCCUUUGUUUGACGGACGAAGACGCAACAGAGCAGGGCGCGGAGGGGACCCUAAAGAUGGCCACCGCUGGACGGAGGGCCGAUCCACACGUUUUUCAUUUUUCCAGAUUUUUUUCUCCCACCUAUCCAAAAAGAAGCCAUUGUGUUUGAAGAGAUAUUUUCGAAAUAUUUGUAAGAUUACCUAUUUUGUACAGUGAAAUGCUGUAAAAAAAAAAAUAUGUAUUUGGUGUUUCUAGUCCAGACGAACCUCCAUCCUCUGCCCAGGGAAUGCCUUAUUUUCUCUCACCACCGAACACACACUCCCUUUCUCCGCGCGGACGAAAGCCGUCUUGGUAGGGACGCAGUCGAGAUUGGGGCUGGAUGUUUUUGCCUGGCCGCCGUCAGCUGCGAAUCUGGGCGAGGAUCACAACGACAUUUUCACCUUCGCCCCGUCCCUACCUACGGUGGCAGGUUCAGAAAGACGAUGAUACGUUUUUAUUAAGGUGUUACGGUUUUUAGACGUCUGUCCACGACAGGCAAAGACGAUUCAUUGACUCACGAUUCAUGAUUUUUUGAAAGCGGCCUCAAUAACUUAAUCCGAUUGACUCCCAAGGUUUUCGUUUUUUUUAAACAACAGGAUAUAUUUAAGAGGAUGAAAUUCACUUCGACAAAAUGAAAAACUUGGACACAAAAACUUUGACGUUGAUCUACUUCCAAUCCCGUUCACUCUCCAGCCCCUUGGAAGACCACGAAUCUGGGUAUCGAAAGCCCCCCGUUAAAGAACACCUUUUUGCAAGGGGGUCCGUUGUGAGUGUUUGCUUCUUGCUUGUUGUACAAAAUCGUAACAUCGUUUUGAAGCCAAAUGACAAGCACACAAAUCUCAAUCAAGCCUCAAAUGUGAGAUUACGAUCAGGGAACUGUGAAACAAUCAGACAGCCAAAUAAGAGACAAAGAAUGAAAGCGUUUGACACAUUGACAUCACCGUUUUCUCUAGCUCGUAACAGCUUCUUUCUUUCUCUGGUUGGAACGACAAUCGCCCUCCCAGCGGCCCGGUCUUAAUCCAUGUCCUUCUAUUUGUCUGUGCUACGUUAGAGCUUGGUUAGUCAAAGCGAUAAAGAUGUUUAUUAGAGAUUUAAUAGAGAGCAAUACUUAAGGCAGCGACAUGCAUUCACCCGUAGAGAUCUCCAUUCCUCUCACAAUCAGAUUGGUAUGCAUCAUAGUACAUUUGAAAGCGGAGGUCAGGCCCUCUGUCCUCAAAUAUAAUUAUCUAUAUUCUAUAACCUUAAACCACUGUGUUACAUAAUGACUUCAAUGUCCUUGUUAAAUAUAUUUACAUAGAAUACAUUGCAGAGAAAUAGGGGAAAUUAGACGUUUGGUUAUCAGAAAGCACCACCGGAAACGUUUUAGGUUUUAAAGUCUCCGUUUGUUCACCACCACUUCCAGUUAAAGACAUACGUUGAGUUUGACUCAUUUCAGAAAGUUUUUUCACAUGACUUUUCACCCUCUUUCCCUUUCAACACCACAGCCCACUGUUUUUAUUUGAAUAUUGGUUCCUUUUAAAAAAUAUUUAGGUAAAUAAGGAUUUGAAACGAUGACAUUUAAAACGGUUUUGUCAGAAGAUGUACAAUUUUCAACAUUUUGUAAAUGAAUAUCGUGAAUUUGUUUUGAAGACACUGAUGGAUUUCCUUUUUCUUUGUAAUGUUUUCUUCAGGGAGUUGAUGAAGAUCAGUGUGUGUUUAACAUGGGCCUGGUACACUGUUUCGGUCCUCGAGUCUUUGACAACUUGUACUUCCCAGAGCCAAACAACACAUUGAUUAUACAAUUCGUCCCUCAAAAUUGACCUAGAACAAUCGCAAAAACGAUUAUGUCAUUAAAGCUUUUGUAUGAAAUAAUUAGCUGAAGCUGAUUUUUUUUUUUAUUUCAUCCAGUGAGCCGAUAUUGAGUCAAGACUGAGUGAUUAGUUGUGACUCGCUCUCUCUUUUCCAUGCUCACUCACACUUCACGCUAUCCACAAAAUUCAGACUGAGCUACUCAGCCUCCCUCUUCAACGUUUUUUAUUUUCGUUUUAUGUUCCUUAAAAAGUAAUUUAUUUUAAUUUAUUUUUUGUAUAUUUGCCCAGUACUACUACUACUACUACUACUACUACUACUCGUACUAAUACUACUGUACAGAUGAUAUCUCGACGUGGACUGAACAACAAGGGUUGGGAUCUUUUUUUUCUCAACGUUUGCUUGCGUCUUGGGUGUGUGUGUGUGUGUGUGUGUGUGUGUGUCGGCGUUUGGAUUGGUCCCGGAGGCUGGACUUAUGCCACGCGUUCCUCUCACAGGCAGUGCAAAUCCUAACGAGAAUCACAUGACCACCAGACAAUCAAACGUACAACAUGUGCCUUGUGAGCGACAGAGCCAUCACAUGACCCGUCACAUGACCACCCGUGCUCAGCAUCAAGAUGGCCGACGUAGAAGCAGAUGAUUGCUGCUCACGGUUCCGUUUUAUUUCCAUUUUUUUGCUUGACACAACACACAUAGUAGGACAAAUAACGAGUGAACUGCGAAGGCACAAAUGGUACUGUGUGUCUUUUGGGCCCACUGUGAAAACAACAUCGACGGAACGACAUAACAAAACAACCAAAUGUGUUUUUUCUCUCAGAUCUGCUCACGCGCACACAUGUCCAACCUUUGCACACACACGCCCGCAAACGACUGUUCGCAGUCUUAUCUGCACUGUAAAAUAAAAAAGACAGCAACAUGACGACGACAACAGACAAAUAAGACACGGCUGUUUAUUUUAGGUGUCGGUUUCUACUCUCGCGCAGAACUUCCCUUCCCAUUCCCUCUAGACUGCAACAUCUUUUUUUAAGAUCUGUAUUAUGCUGGAUUGACCUAGUUUUGUCUAGGCCUCUGUGCUUUAUCCGUCUCUGGAUCUAGUAGGACUGCUAGUUUACAUUGUGAAGGAGGAAGAAACUACCACGGUGCCCAGUAUUAACCGGUUGGUUGCAUGAUAGGCCAGAAGUUUUGUACUCUGAGUCUGUUUUUUAUUAAUCGCAACCGAACCGACCCCGAACACUCUGCCUCAAGGGAAGAAUUUAUUGAAAUGGUUCAAUCUUCAGUGUCUUGAAUAUCAAUUUUCCUCAUUCGUUUUCUUUUCUUUUUAUUAUUUUUUUAAUUCAAGAAGUGCAUCUUUUCUGUCCAAGUGCUGUGAUUUGGUGUUUUUCUACCUGAAAUUUGUACAACACGGCUCUGGAUUUAUUUACGGAGAACAACAAAAAAAAAAGAAUCUUUUUGUGAAAAGAGGAAAAUACUCAUGACAAAACACGAUUUCAUUCAUUUUUUUUUAUAAAUAUUGCUUUGUCAAAUGUGGUGGCAUUUCUAAAAGGUUUUUUACUGCUUUUUUUUUUUCUUCGUUUGGGCAAAUCCUGCUGUCAUCCUCACUCUCAGUUCAUGGGAUGUUCUUUAAAUCGAUGUAAACGGAGAAUAACGCAAACCCUACAUUCCACUGAGAUCUGCAUCUUAAAGAUUCUGAAUGUAAUGUAAUUUUUGAAAGAACGAAAAAAUAAAUAAACGCCAACAAAAACGAAACGCACAAAUGCAGUAACUCAUCGACCCUUGCGACGGAGGUUUUUAUGGUUGACUUUGAUGCACUUUGCUGCGUCGGAGGACCGCUGUGGGGACAGGUCUCCUGCCUUCACGGCGGCUCAUCCUGCCUUCGCGUCGGAUCAUGACACCCCAACGUCCAGAGCGGUCUCGCCGAAUUCACCCGCACGCGUCCGAUGAAGUGAGGCCCAGUCCAAAAUGUAGCAGUUUUUGAUUUUAUUUUUUACAAACAUUGGCUGUGAGCUCUCCGAGGCUGCUCUGCGUGGGUGAGGUUAUUUUCCGCAACAUCGUUAAAGACAACAGGGUUGGAGAGAAAGGGAGGAAAAAAAGGGGAUGUAUUUUUUAUAAUUUUCUGAUUUUGUUUUUCUAGUGCAAUACGCUGUACAUACGAGCUCUGCUCUGAGAAUCCGACAACAUGUCUCUUUAUUUCCUUGGUUGUUUAAUGGAUUCAUUACCAUUUUGUUUUUUUUCAUUAAACAAAAAUUAUCAAUUUC